GGCUAAAGCACUUUCAUUGGUCCCAUUCCAUGUCUCCUCACUAGCCCCUUUGAUGUGAUCUCCAAAAAAAAUAUUUGUCAUUUUCUUCCACUGCUAUUCUAUUGUCUUCUCCCUUCCAAAAAACAAAACCUCCCCUUUCUUUCUUGCUUCAGAAAAUGAAAUACUAAAUGAAUUACAAUCACUAGCUCAGGUAUGUCCAGCAAAGGAAAAGACAUAGCAGAAGGAUCAUCGAGAUCUUCUUCUGCUACUACUAUUACUACUAUCACCACUGCUGCUACAGCUGUUUCGAAUCAACAACCUCUGAGUAGGUAUGAAUCUCAGAAGAGGAGGGAUUGGAACACUUUUGGCCAAUACUUGAGGAACCAAAGGCCUCCUGUGGCACUUUCACAGUGCAAUUCCACCCAAGUGCUUGAUUUCCUAAGGUACUUGGACCAGUUUGGGAAAACAAAAGUGCAUGUUCAAGGUUGUCUCUUCUUUGGUCAAGUCGAGCCACCUGGUCCAUGCACAUGCCCUCUUAGACAAGCUUGGGGAAGCCUUGAUGCUCUCAUUGGAAGGCUAAGAGCUGCAUAUGAAGAAAAUGGAGGCUUGCCUGAGACUAAUCCUUUUGCUAGUGGCGCCAUAAGAGUCUAUCUUCGCGAGGUUCGUGAUUCUCAAGCUAAGGCAAGAGGGAUCCCUUAUAAGAAGAAAAAGAAGAAGAGGAAUCUAAUCAAGACCAUAGGGGACAGCUCAAACUUACCUUUGCAGCAGUGAAAUUUUGAGUCUCUCUUUUUGUCUGGCUUCUUCUCCAGCAUAAUAAUCAUAAGGGUCCCUCAAUGAUUUCAAAGUUCUGAGUCUGUUACUAUGCCUUGUAUAUCUAUUAUAACCUUAGCUGCAGUGUCCUGCAAUUGGAGAUAUACAUGAGUCUAUCAAUAUAUCCUUGGAUCAAGUUAAACCUUUCUCUGGUCUCUUUAUUUGUCAAGGAGUGUGUUUUGUUAUUUGAAUGAGAAUUUAGAUUGAAGUUCAUGAAGAAAUUGAGUUAAUAUUGGGUAAGUCCUACUGUAUUAUUCACAAUUAUGAAGUUGCAUCAGUACCUUAUCAAGCAAAGUAGGGAAAAUAACUUUGAAUUUUCUUCCGAGCAGUGUGUAUGAUGCAUGUAUACUUUAGCUUUCA